AUGACUUCACCGGGAAAAUCGCCGAGAUCUGAUCGGAAAUCACCGACUGUUGUCACCGUGCAACCCUCUUCUCCUAGAUUCCCGAUCGGAACACCGACAUCUGGAGCACAGCGUAAGAUCGGGAUCGCUGUUGAUCUGAGCGACGAGAGUGCGUACGCAGUUCAAUGGGCUGUUCAGAACUAUCUCCGAUCAGGUGACUCCGUCGUUCUCCUCCACGUUCAACCGACGAGUGUCCUUUACGGUGCUGAUUGGGGCGCCAUUGACUUGUCUCCGCAGUGGGAUCCGGAGAACGAGGAGUCUCAGAGGAAGCUAGAAGACGAUUUCGACAUUUUCACGAACAAGAAAGCGAGUGACGUUGCUCAGCCUUUGGUGGAAGCCGAGAUUCCGUUUAAGAUCCAUAUUGUGAAGGAUCACGAUAUGAAGGAGAGACUUUGUUUGGAGGUUGAGAGGUUAGGGUUAAGCACUUUGAUUAUGGGUAGUAGAGGAUUUGGUGCUACCAAGAGGAGUAGUAAAGGGAGGUUAGGGAGUGUCAGUGAUUACUCUGUUCACCAUUGUGCUUGUCCGGUGGUGGUUGUUAGAUUUCCUGAUGAGAAAGACCGAGAAGAUGAGAAAGACGGAAAAAAUGGUGCCGAGAAUCUGGGACAUAGUGGUGAUAAGCUUCAUACCGUGACUGAAGUUGCUGAGGAAGGAGACAAGGAUGAGUACCAUGAUGCUUCGGAUAAACAGUAA